AUGUAUUCCAUUUUCAUAUAUUACAAAAGAUACAUUGUUCUUAGGCAGGCAUAUCUGCGGAAUCCAGCAAUAAUGACAUCAAUAAUAACCUUGAAAAAGCUGUCGAACAAUCUUGGAAGUGCAGAGAAGUCUACAGAGUAUAUAAAUCUUCCAAAUAGAACACUAAUCCUCUCAAGGCUCCCAAGCUAUGUAAGCAACGAUGCAGACCUUUCUGAGUUUAUCAAUUCCCUUGGAGUUGGAGAGAUUGAUGAUUGUGUGCUUGUGUACGAUACCAAUACCCUGCAAAGUCUUUAUAGUGAGAAGGAUAGCUACAUUUACAAUAUCGAGAAGGAAAUUAACGAGAAGUUCGCAAGGAUGAACGAGUGGUCUGAAAAGAACCAAGAGGAGUGCAAGAAAAGCAUAAGCGGGUUCAAGGAGGAUAUUCUGAAAACAGUUGAGGAAGCCGAAAUAGAAGGGGUCUUUGACAAUUCACAAAAAAGACAGCUUAUUGUUCUAUUCCUUAAUGGAGCCAAUCAGUUUGAAAAUAAACUGAAGGAGGACGUCCCAAAGGUAAGCUUCUAUCUAGAAAAACUAAACAAUGUGAAUGGGAGGAUCAGCAAGGAAAAAGAGGUCAUAAGAAACGAAGAGGCAAGGAACAAGGACAUUAGGAUUGUGGAGCUUGUCUCACACAACAACACACUUUUCCUGAGGGGAGACAUAUCCCAAGACGCUAGUUUCUUUUCGUUCCACCACAUACUCAACUAUGGUAAGUACAAAAUGUACUUUACUUUAGAUCUUCCUUCAAAAACUAAAAGAGGGUUUGUCACCUUCAAGGAUCAAAGAAGUGCAAACAUAGUGAAGCAAUCACAAAUAGGAUCGAGGAUAUUCUCUGUCACAGCAGAGGAUGCACCUGCACCAAACGAUGUCAUCUGGGAAAACAUAACAAACAGUGAGGUGGACAAUUACAUGUAUAGUGUUUUUGGAGCCGUGUUUUUCAUAGUCUUUAUUGUCCUAUUCUCAUCCAUAGUUGCCAAUAUUGUCACCCUCCUAGUAAGUUCGGAGAUGUUUAGGGAAAGUAAGCUCAUAUCUUCAUUCUUAGACAAGCAUGAAACAAUCACCGACUCGCUCCGAGGAAUUCUUUUUCCACUUAUAUAUAACUCCAUGAUGUUGUUUGUUCCAACAAUCAUAACUGCACUUGUGAACAUGGAAGGCAUCUACUCAUAUUCGAAUUUCCAGCAGAAACUGAUGGAAAAGCUCUGCAAUUUCCUUUUCUUCAAUGGGUUUGUUUCCGUGUUCUUUGCAACAAGCUUCUACAGACUUUUCUCAGAUGUUCUGUUCAGGAACGAAAGGAUAUACAAUGUCAUCAGAGCGUUUAGCAACGAGUCUCUGGAAUCAUCAGUAUUCUUUGCAAACACCAUCAUCCAAAGAUCCUUGGUGGGAACAGCACUAACACUACUGAAGCCUGCGCCGUUGCUGAUAAACUAUAUCAUCUUUCCAUUCACAGGGAGAAAGACAAGGAGGGAGAGGCUUGACGCCGAGUUUUCUCCCCCAUUCGACUUUGGAACUAUAUUUCCAUCCUGCCUGACGGUUUUCUCGAUGUCCAUAGUCUACACCGUCAUCUGCCCACCCAUCCUCCUUCUUGGGGCGUUCUUCUACUUCUGCAAUUACCUAGCAUUCAAAUCUGAGUUUCUAUAUUCUUCCAGAAAUGAGUACGAGUCUGGAGGGGGGUAUUGGGACUCUGCAUGCCAGAAUAUAAUGUUUUCACUUAUAUUCUUCCAGGUAGCAACCUUCGCAAAGAUGUCUUCAGAUAAGAGGUUUUAUUUGUCCAUGCUUUUAUUCCCGAUUAUUCUCAUCACAUUUAUAUUCCGCAGUAGUCUUAGAAAGAUGUUCUACAAGUCCUGUCACUUUUAUCCACUUAACAUCAAGGAGGAGGAGUAUUUAGACACAUUCACGGAGAAAGCUCUUCUGGAAAGAGUCAGCCUUUUGGAAAGCUGGUCUGAAAUGGGGUCUGGGCCUGACAUCGAUAUUCUCCCAUUGACGGAAUUGGGAAUCAAGGAUGCAAAGGAGAUAGAGAAGGUGUCGUAUUAUAAUGACCCAAACACAGCCAAGUCAAACACAUCUCUUAUUCUUCCUGAAAACUUCUUUAAAACUGUUUGGUUCCUGUUAAACAACGAUAGAGACAAUCUGUUUGGGCUUAGAACAGAAUAA